UGAGAGGGAUUUACUUAAAUCCAUGAAUGUAUGAAGCUAACAGGGGAACUGGUUUAAACCCAGCAAUCUACAGAGCCUCAGGCCCCCAUUCCCCAGUGUCUAAGCAGCCAUUUAGCCCAUCCACCAGUUACGGAAGCCUUAAGUUCCAGCUUGGAAGCUGCCCUCUCCAUCUACAGUGCUUGAACUCUCACCAAGAACUGGGCCAGGCAGCAAAGGAGGUCCAGUAUGUCCCCCUUCAGACAAGGUCAGGUGAGAGGUGGGAGAGGCAGGGGGUCGCAGGAGGAACGAAAGCAGGGACCAUUCAGCCCCUUCCACCUACGACAACACCGGGACCCUGAGAGGUGGCCGAGAGAGGUUGCCCAGCCAGCCAGAAUGGACGGCAGGACACAGUGCACCGACAGCCACAGUGAAACAGUCCCGGGCCAAGUGAGCGUUGGGAGUGAGCUGCCUGGGACCGGCGCUGCUGUUGGCUGGCUACCGGGCCCGGGCAGGCGUCUGAGCCCCUCCAGCCCUCAGUCUCUUCCUCCACCAAGUGGUGGUCACAGGCCAUCUCUCGCUGCUCCCCACUCCUCCUUCCACGACAGCAGCACUGUGUCCAAGGGCUCCCCGCUCGCGGCCUGUGUCCCCAGAACCCCGCCCUUUUCAAACCUAGGAGGGGCCUCAUUUCUCUCCUCUUCUUGGCUGGCGUCCCCUCCCACCCGGGUGCCUUCAAAGCCGCCUCGCUCUCCAGGGGACCUGCCCUUCCCUGCUCCUGGAGUCCCCCAGUCCCAUCAUGCUCAGGGCCCCAAACCCUCCCAUGGCCCCCAAGGCUCCAAGGGCGUCCCCCUCCCCAGCCCACCAGACUCCUCCGGUUCCCCAGUAGGGACCGGCUUAGGCCAACAUGGACUGCACGUUUACUGAGCGCCUACUACGUGCAAAGCUCUGUUGGAGGCUGCAGAAUUCCCUGCUAGACUUGGGCUCCAGUUCCGCCUCCGCGUGUUUAGUUGUCAGAGCUCAAACGGAGCCCUUAGCUUCUCUGGGCCUCGACCUCCCCUUCUCACGCGCGGAGUCCCUACAUUCCCUGGGUGGCAAGAGAAGCGCAGCCAGGGUCCCCGGAGGAGGGAGGCGGCGCCCGAGGCAGAGCGAGGCCCAGCGCUCGCAUGGCCCGCAUGGCCAGGCCUCCUUGCCGGCCGCCAGGCCGCGGCCUUCCCCCGCCCGCGGGCUCCAGUGCCCGGCAGCUCCUGGCCCGGCUGGACGCGCGCCCCCUGGCGGCCCGAGCUGCGGCCGACGUGGCGGCGCUGGUGCGCAGGGCCGGCGCCACAUUGCGCCUGCGCCCCAAGGAGGCUGUUAGGGUGCUGGAUUCUGCAGACAUAGAGGUCACGGACAGUCGCCUGCCUAAUGUCACUUUCGUGGAACACCGGCCCCAGCAUCGGCGGUCAGAAACCUUGGGUACAUGUACCACGCCGUCCCAAGUGACCCAGGGUAAGGCACGUUGUACUUCGAAGCUACCGCAGGCCUCUGGUCAGUUCUGUGUGGAACUGGCCCGUGGUUCCACGGGCUUUGGCUUCACAUUAAGCGGAGGUCGUGAUGCAGCUGGAGACACUCCGCUGGCAGUGCGCGGGCUGCUGAAGGACGGGCCAGCAGAGCGCUGCGGUCGUUUGCAGGCUGGCGACCUCGUGCUCCACAUCAACGGAGAAACAACUCAGGGCCUCACCCAUGCCCAGGUCGUGGAGCGGAUUCGCGGAGGCGGACCCCGGCUCCGGCUGGUGCUAAGCAGGCCUCUUGAGACACACCCCAGCAAGCCUGAGAGGGUGGGAAGGCCCCGGAAAGGCCAUGAUCGCAGCCCAGAUCCUGGGAGACCAGAGGUGAUGAGGUCUCACAGCGCCAGCCCAUCCCUGUUUCAGCACCCUCGAUCCCGUACCACGCCCAAAACCCGGGGCAGCCCAGAGCCUAGCCUAGAGCGGGCGGCCGACAGCUCCGCGGUUUCUCCUGACGACCGAACCCCGGGUUCCCCCGGACCCUGGCUGGUGCCGAGCGAGGAACGGCUCUCGCGUGCCCUAGGGGUUCCGGGGGCCGCGCAGCUCGCCCUGGAGAUGGCAGCCGGAAGGCGGAGGCACUGAGCAUGCAUCAGACGGCUCGGUGCUUACUUGGUACUGCCCAAACUGGAUCUGGUGUGCUCCGCCGGCCGCGCACUAGCAUGACGCGGAGAGCUUCCACUUGGUCUUGUCCCCCCGCCUGCUGCGCAGUCGACCAGCCCGCGCUCCCCUUGCGGCGUCAGUGGCACAGUCCUCCCGGACGGGCCAGCCCUGCACUUCUUGUUUCGGGUGGGGGAGGUAAUAAAAUGGUUCGAUACAGUCUUGA